CUACAUAUCCCUCUGUGGUCAGACAGCGUGCCUGGAUUGGAAUGUGCGCGCGCAGCUGGUAGUGUUGUUUGCAUUGUGCGCUGUGCCUGAGCCCCACAGAGGGAUAACGAUCGAAUGUUACUGCCGUGAGUUCGCUGAGAUCGGACCCUGAACAAGAUCGUGAGGGCGGAAAAGUGAAGCUUGCGACUGGGAGAGAUCAUGGCGGCGGCUGCGGUGGAGGUGAGUGUGAGCAGCGGCAGCAGUGACACAUCCAGCACCGGCGAGGAGGAGAGGAUGAGGCGGCUCUUCCAGACUUGUGACGGGGACGGAGACGGAUACAUCAGCAGGAACGACCUGCUCAUGGUCUGUCGCCAGCUGAACAUGGAGGGGUCUGUGGCUGAGAUUAUGCAUCAGCUGGGAGCCGAUGAACAGGGCAAGAUUUCCUUCGAGGAUUUCACAAGAUGUCGCAUGCAGCUCGUCAGUGAAAUCAGGAAGGAGGAAGGGCAGCUUUCAGUCAAAUCUGAUGACUCCUGUAAAAAGAAAAAGUUACGGGAUCGCAUCGCCUCCUGGCCAAACAGCAGUGAAAACAGUUUAGGCGCCUUAUCAGGAGCCCGUGAAAGUUGGGAGUAUGACUCAGGAGCUCGUGACCUUCAGAGCCCUGACCUGCAGAGCCAGUCGAACCUUCAGAAGCUGCUUGAAUGCGGAGGCAGCACGCUGGAGCAGCAGGCAGCCCUGCAGAAGCUGAUGACUCAGACCAACAACCUGAGCACUCCCAUGGGCGGGAGAUACCUGGAGCUAGCAAACACAUUACAUCUGGCAGCCCUGGCAUCACUAAAAGGUGACAUAGUGGAGCUGAAUAAGAGACUGCAGCAAACCGAGAGGGAGCGAGACCUGCUGGAAAAGAGGUUGGGAAAAGCUCAGUGUGAGCAGUCACACCUGAUGAGAGAGCAUGAGGAGGUGCAGGAGGGGACCACACUGCGCUAUGAGGAGAGGAUCACAGAGCUCCACAGCAUCAUAGCCGAGCUCAACAAGAAGAUCGACCGCCUGCAGGGGACAACAAUAAGGGAGGAGGAUGAGUAUUCAGAGCUGCGGUCAGAGCUCAGCCAGAGCCAGCAGGAGGCCAAUGAGGAUGAUCGCAGUGUGGACCAGGACCAGAACUCGGUCUCUGUGCCAGAGAACCACUCCACCAUGGUCACAGCGGAUAUGGAUAACUGUAGUGACCUGAACUCGGAGCUGCAGAGGGUGCUGACGGGGCUGGAGAAUGUGGUGUGUGGACGAAAGAAAAGCAGCUGCAGUCUUUCGGUGGCUGAGGUGGACCGGCACAUCGAGCAGCUCACUACCGCCAGUGAGCAUUGCGACCUUGCCAUUAAGACAGUGGAGGAGAUCGAGGGGGCACUGGGUCGAGAUUUCUACCCCACUCUGGCAGAGGAGAGGUCGCGCUGGGAGAAGGAGCUGGCUGGCCUUCGGGAAGAGAAUGAGAGCCUGACCGCCAUGCUGUGCAGCAAAGAGGAGGAGCUCAACAGGACCAAGGCCACCAUGAACGCAAUCCGAGAGGAGAGGGACCGGCUCAGAAGAAGGGUACGAGAACUACAGACUCGGUUGCAGAGUGUCCAGGCGUCAGGCCCUUCCAGUCCAGGAAGACUGACCCCAGUCAGCCGCCCAGUCAACCCCAGCACUGGAGAGCUGAGCACGAGCAGCAGCAGCAACGACAUCCCCAUUGCCAAGGUGGCUGAAAGAGUAAAGCUCUCCAAAACAAGGUCAGACUCCUCUUCUUCAGACAGGCCUGUGCUGGGAUCAGAAAUCAGCAGCAUAGGGGUGUCCAGUAGUGUAGCGGAGCACUUGGCACAUUCAUUACAAGACUGUUCCAACAUCCAGGAAAUCUUCCAAACUCUUUAUUCACAUGGCUCUGCCAUCUCGGAAAAUAAAAUUCGGGAAUUUGAAGUGGAAACAGAAAGGCUUAACAGCCGAAUUGAGCACUUAAAAUCCCAGAAUGACCUUUUAACAAUCACCCUGGAGGAGUGCAAGAGCAAUGCAGAGAGGAUGAGCAUGCUGGUUGGGAAAUACGAGUCCAACGCUACAGCUCUGAGACUCGCCCUGCAGUACAGUGAACAGUGUAUCGAAGCAUACGAGUUACUGCUUGCCCUGGCUGAGAGUGAACAGAGUCUCGUUCUUGGCCAGUUCAGAGCUGCAGGCGUGGGAUCAGUAGCAGGUGACCAGACAGGUGAUGAAAACAUUACCCAGGUGUUAAAGCGGGCCCACGACUGCAGGAAGACAGCUGAGAACGCCGCCAAAGCCCUCCUGAUAAAACUGGACGGCAGCUGCGGUGGAGCAUGUGCAGUGACGGGAUGCAGCGUGCAGCCCUGGGAGAGCCUGUCUUCAAACAGCCACACAAGCACUACAAGCUCCACAGCAAGUAGCUGUGAUACAGAUUUCACAAAGGACGAUGAGCAGAGGCUAAAGGACUACAUCCAGCAGCUGAAGAAUGACCGGGCGGCAGUGAAGCUGACCAUGCUGGAGCUGGAGAGCAUUCAGAUCGACCCCCUGAGCUACGACGUCAAGCCUCGGGGCGACAGCCAGAGACUCGACCUGGAAAACGCUGUCCUCAUGCAAGAGCUCAUGGCAAUGAAGGAGGAGAUGGCUGAGCUGAAGGCCCAGCUCUACCUGCUGGAGAAGGAGAAGAAGGCUCUGGAGCUGAAGCUGAGCACAAGAGAGGCGCAGGAGCAAGCCUACCUGGUGCACAUCGAGCACCUCAAGUCCGAGGUGGAGGAGCACAAGGAGCAGCGAAUGAGGUCCGUCAGCUCCACCAGCAGCAGUGGGGGUGGCAAAGACAAGCAGGGCAAGGAUUCCGGAGAUGGGGGGACACCUGCUGUAGCUCUUUCCCAUCUAAGAACCCUUAAUGACAGUGAUCUGGCGGCAGAGCUUACAAAUGCACUCAGGCGAGAGAAGAAACUUAAGAGUCGAGCCCAGGAGUUGGUCGCCGCUUUGGAAAGACUCACAAAAAGCAGCGAGGUGCGGCACCAGCAGUCUGCAGAGUUUGUCAAUGACCUGAAAAGGGCCAACAGCAACCUGGUUGCAGCCUAUGAGAAAGCAAAGAAGAAACACCAAAACAAACUGAAAAAACUGGAGUCUCAGAUGAUGGCCAUGGUGGAGAGACACGAGACGCAAGUGAGGAUGUUGAAACAGAGGAUAGCACUGCUGGAAGAGGAAAACUCCAGGCCUCACACCAAUGAAACCUCUCUUUAAGAAGAGAUCAUUGGCUCCCAUAAAGGUGCCCCAGAGAGAAAAACUCUUUUAAAGACCUGUAACAUGGACAAACAGAGAUGGCACUUUGCUACACACAAAGUGGUCUUGGGUGUUGAGUUUUUGUUCCAGAGUUCCAUCCUGCUGCAUCCUUGAGAUCGUCUCAGCUGGCAGCCAUUUCUGAGCAAAUGCAUACUUUACCAUGCAGUCCUUUAAGGCACAUAAAUGUAUCAUUAUAGUAUAUCAGCUGCUGCUGCUGCUGCAACCCACUGUCAUCGAACUUCAAUCCUUGGAGAGCUUCUCACUUUAAACAGCACACACCCUUCUUCAACACUCGUGGAUGAAGACAAAAGCAGUUGCCUCUUACAAGCUUGUUCGAUUCUGUUCCAUUUCCACCAGCAGCUAAUUCAAUUAUCACAAUGGAAAAAAAAAACAUUAUGCUUGCAAAGCAUUACCACAAAAAGUGCCAUUGAAUGUAUUGCAGUACCUGUCAGACUUUAUACUGUGCAUCACACAUUAUUUUACUAGCUGCCAUUGACCAUUUGGUUUCUGUUUGUCGAACUGUCUUAAGUUUUUGUUUCAAUAUCAUUUACAGUAUUCUUUUUUGUUGACCAUUGUUUAAGGCUAAUAAUUGACACCUCUAUGGAGUUGUUUUUAGGGCAUGUUUACCCAGAUACAUAACUCAAAAUCUAAAUGAAGAGAUCCUUACAGCCAUUUAACUGCCUUUGUACAACCAGUCUGCUCCAUUACAGUGUUAGGACCUACAAUCAGUGUUUACAUGCUUGCAGUCAAAAUCUACAGCUAUUCUGAAUAGCUGAAUUACAUGUGCAUUGGCAUUUGUAUAGUUUUUUUUUUUUAAUGUCUCAAAGUGUUAUUCAGAUACCCAGAUGAAGUUUCCUACUUCCCGUUGACUUUGACCAUGUAGUCCAGUAUAACACUUACACUGGUUACAACAGACCCAGCUGAAUUGAAAGUUGUCCAUUACUGAAGUAAAUCUUCUAAUAUGUUAAAUAAGCUACGAAAUGGUCUAUCUUGCACAGCCCUAUCUUUUUGCACACAUGGACAACAUCAAAAUGCAUGUGGACAAAGCAUUAUUAUUCAGAAUACCGAUGUUCAAAAUAUAUUCUACAUAUAAUAAUUAUGUUGAUUGAAUGUGAAGGUAAUAAAUUAUAUUGUUCCUGUUCUGCAUUUAUCUUCAAAUUACAGCAAAAUGUGUUGCAGUUUUGUUUUUAAAUACUUGUGUAUUCCAAGGUACCAGGUAUUUGAUCCGCUUUGGAAAUCCCCAGGUUUUUUUUUUUUUUUUUCCUCCAGUUUUAAACAUCUGUGAUUUCAUUUUCAGAUAUCAGACCUCUGCACUUAAAUUGGUCUGAAAACUGGUAAGAUUUGUUAUUAAUUGAAUAUGUAAGAAUGUCUACAAACUCUUAAUUUGCACAGAUAUUAUACUGCUUUGGAAACAGGUCUCUGUCAACACUUCCAGUGAUUUAAAUAACGGAUUUAAUUUGGGUUUAUUGUAAUAUGAAAGUUGUAAGCAUGUUAGGGGGCUGUGAUACGAUACAGAGAGCAGACUGUUACAGAUUACCAGUUCACUUCUGUCUCCAUUGACGUGUGGAGCUAUUCCAUUCUCUGAUUAAGAAUGCCUUUUUUCUUCAGUUUAUAAUUCAGUAAUUACAUGGUUAUAUAAAAAUGUAUAUACACCAGGUUGAAUGUACAGCUAUAUUGUAAGCACAUGUUCAUAGUUUGGCUUUUUAAAGGUGUAAUAGUACAGCGCCAAGGAAUAUAAUUUCAUUAACUGUUUAAAUUCAUGGAUCCAAGGUACCAUUCCAGAGCAAGUAGACAGUGGUAUUGUUUUAAGGGUAUUUCUGGUUGUCUGUCUAUUUUUGUGUUUCUUUAGUUGCUGUAAAAUCGUUAUUUGACUCAUUUUAUAUAGAAAAAAAAAAUCUCUCCAUUUAUUUAUGAGACAUUUAAAAUACCUUUAUUUUACAAAAAGGUCUUAUAUCCAGAAUAAAUACUUUUAUUGGCAAA